AUGGCAUCACCCAAAUCAACGAUUAUAAUUCUCUUAUUUGCAAUUUUCUGCCUCUUGAGUCAUGUCAGUGCAAAAACGCCCAUUGGCGCGGUCAAAGUUGUUAUCCUUAAUGGAGAAGAAUUGACUGACAAAGAUCCAGGAGCCGACCUUAGCGACCCGUAUGUUAAAUUAUGGGUCGAUGGAAAUCCUAAGCAAAAGUCGACGGUUAAAAAGAACACACUAUUCCCUUUUUAUGAUGAAACUUUUGUCUUUCCUCUCUACAGUGGAUCUCGCAAGCUCCAUAUCGAAGUUUGGGAUAAGGAUUCUGGUCGCAACAAAGAUGAUCUGAUGGGCAGGGCCGUAAUCUCUUUGGACAGCUUGUGUAAACCUAGUGCAGCGGAACCGGUGUGUACUGUCGAUGGUGCGUUCGCCGAGUUUGAUAACUCACACUUUAAUUACCUCAGGUUCGACUUUACGAGGUUUUAG